CCAAUCUUUUCCGAUUCAUUUCCUCGAUGUAGAAAUUGUGGUUAAUUGUGUGUACGAUCAAUUUCACGCCAGUGUAUCAAUAUAAAGACAAUAUGUGAUUAUCAUAUUACCAGCAUCCCAACCAGCUGUUUAACCAAUAAAAUUGAACGAACAAAUAAAGUAUAAAAAUGUCACAGCACAUUUUCUCGGUAACGACAAAAUGCAUUCUUGACUGCAUGGACUAACAUGCAUACCGAAUAAAUAGAAUAUUUAUAUGUCCCGUACGUGCAGUACUUGCAAUAACUAUGAGCAAGAAGCCGAAUUUGAUCAACCUUUUGUCGGAGAGGUUGAGGCCUGGUCUACUAGAUGUGGAGAGGAAGUAUUUAGAGUCCUGUGAAUUAGGUGACGAGGAUUUAGUCCGAAAUCUGUUAAAUUCUGGGACAGUUUCUCCAGAUCUAGAGGACACUCAAGGAAGAACAGCCCUAGACCUCGCCAUAGCAAGUGGUCAUGUUUCUUUGGUGGAAUUCCUUUCAGGUAAAGUGGGACCUAAGGUCAUCCACCAGGGAUUGCUUUGCGCAGUCGAAAAUGAUCGAGAAGAGAUCUGCCAAAUUUUGCUGGAAAAUUCCAUUUAUCAGUAUUCAUUGCAAUCAAAAGAAAAUGGAAACGAGUAUUCUUCCAUCGAAGGAAUCACAAACCCAAAUAGCGACAAAAUGUCGGAAAUAUUUGAUGACGAUUUAUCAACGAGGUCCAAACUUACACAGUAUUCUGAGAUAUCAGUUAAUAAAAUGCUGAAGGAGGCACUCAUUAAAGCAGCAAUCAGAAACAACUUUCAAAUUGUCCAAAUGAUAAUGAUGAAGGGUGCGUCCGUGGACAUUCCUCAUGAUUAUUUUUGUUCCUGCCAUUCGUGCAUUGAUGAACAGAGAAGAGACUACAUGGUGUUCUGCAACAGACGACUAGACACUUUUCGCGCGCUCGCCAGUCCCGCGUAUAUUUCCUUGACCGAGGAAGAUCCUGUUAUGGCAUCCUUCUACCUCAGCAAAAAGUUCAAACAGCUUCAGGUCAUGGAAACUGAAUACAAGAGUACGUAUGAAGAACUGGAUGCACAGGUACAAGAAUUCACCCUCGACCUGUUAAACCAAUGUCGAACCUCGGGAGAAGUGCAGUCUCUUCUAGACUCGCCUGAAGGAACCGAAAAGUCGUUAAGCGAUAGUUUUCCUAUACUGCAAGUCGCUCUUCGAAUGGAACAGAAAAAGUUUGUUUCGCACCCGAAAUGCCAGGCUCAGGUAUCAGCUGUGUGGUUCAGUGGUCUUAAAGGUAUGCGGCAUUUGAAUCGGUUCGAAUUCCUGUUGUUGUCAAUUCCUGCUGGAAUGUUGCUAUUGCCCAUCCUGUCCUUAGUUUUUAUCCUCGCACCGUGGAGCAAGGUAUGACAGUAUUCAAAUACA